UAAGCCUGUAAGUUACAGAACUGAAGAAACUCUGUAAUAAUAAUAAUUGAUCACUAAGAAUAUGAUCAGUCGCCGCCAUUGAUCACUAAGCUAGUGCAGUGUAAUGGCAAUGGACGCCACUACCAUCAACAAUGGCAGCGAUCCCAUCCCCUUCCCCUUCCUCGCGCCCUAUAUAACCACAGCUCGCCGGCGAUCGAUCACUGCACCAUCAGCUCCCACAAACCCAGCUAACCAAGUUUAAUUGCCACCAAGCUCACCAAUGGCGCUCGCCGUGAAGCUCGCCGUCCUCCUACUACUUGCCGCGGCAGCAGCUGGAGGAAGCAGCACGACGACCGUGCCGCCGCUGGAGGAGAGGCUGGGCGCGGCGUUCGACGGGAUGGCGGCGGCGGCGGAGGGAGGAGGAGGGGGAGGGUGGAUGAUGGAGUGCUGGAGCGCGGUGACGAAGCUGGGGUCGUGCACGAACGAGAUCGUGCUCUUCUUCGUCAACGGCGAGUCCUACCUCGGCCCGGACUGCUGCGUCGCCAUCCGCACCGUCACCCGCCGCUGCUGGCCGGCCAUGCUCGCCUCCAUCGGCUUCACCGCCCAGGAGGCCGACAUCCUCCGCGGCUUCUGCGACGCCGAGCUCGCCGCCCCGCCCCCGCCCUCCACCAACGCCUCCUCCGCCGCCCCCGCGCCGGCGCCGGCGUCCGCUUAGCGCCGGCCGGUGGCGCGUUGAACACGCUCUUAAUGUAAUAAAAUAAACUUGGAAAUAAAUUAAUUAUAGCCAGUUUGCAGCCGCUGUUUUGCUUGAA